UCCCUAAAUAACCACAUGUAGCCCCUCGCCCUGAUUGAGAUUAACAUGCGUGCACUGACAUAACUCAUUGAUAGCCACCUGAACUGCUGCGGGUACAAAACAGGCUUUAAAAAUGGGUCCUGACCAGCUAGCGGUGCUGGCCUGUCGAGACAGCCACAAAGGCACGUCGUCCUUUUAUCAGUCCUCAGUCCGGAAAACAACGCCGCUCCACGCUCCUCUCUCUGCCAGAUGACAGAAGAACGGCUAGUACCUACCGAUUGAGACGCUACCGAGCUCUCGGGUGAGGAACGCCGGCCCCCUGCAUCCGGACCGGACCAGCCCAGCUGCCGGACCCCAGAGGACAGCACCACUGGGAUCCCCUCAAGCCUGUACCCGCAGCAUCAGGAACUUUUCCCAAUCACUAUGGAAAAAGUGUCCACAUGAAGGUGAAGACGGGAAUCAAUGAUUAACCCGGCAGCCGUGACCCAGGAAAUGAAAGUGAUUCCGUGCCUUUCCGGCUGAAAUGUACCGGGUUAGAGAAGGUUCCGACCUCAUUUAUUUUCCAUGUUCCCUUCUUAUGGGAUCACUCCAUAUACGUGUUUCACAGUACGGCUGACACGUGCUGCGCGCGCCGGGAUUUUUGUCGCGCCUGACGCGCGGACCCUGAGAGUUGUUGGAGGGGACCAGGGAUUCUGUUAGCGGUGGUCGGCGGCGGAGAAAGCUUGCUGUUCUCAGAUGCUGAGAUGAACCGUCACCUCUGUGUUUGGCUCUUUAGACAUCCAUCUCUUCAUGGUCAUCACCAGUGCCACAUCCACCCCCUUUUUCAUCAAUUUACACAGAUACAUCUUGAUACAAGGCUGGGGGUUUUUAGACAAAACAGGAAUCACCUUCUCUAUAGUCUGUUAAUUAAGAAUUGCUCUAAGAGAUUCUGUCAUCAAAACACCAAGAUGCUCUGGAAGCAUAAAGCAUUACAGAAAUAUAUGGAGGACCUGAAUAAGGAGUACCAAACACUUGAUCAGUGUUUGCAGCAUAUCUCUGUAAAUCAAGGGGACCAAAGGUCCUUGAAUCAAAGACAUGCUGAGUUGGCACCACUUACAGCCAUUUACCAAGAAAUUCAGGAGGCCGAGAAAGCAAUUGAAGAAUUAGAAUCAAUGUGUAAAAGUCUAAAUAAACAAGAUGAAAAGCAGUUACAAGAACUUGCAUUGGAAGAGAGGCAAACCAUUGCUCAAAAAAUUAACAUGUUAUACAGUGAGCUUUUCCAGAGUUUAGUGCCAAAGGAAAAAUAUGACGAAAAUGAUGUUAUUUUAGAGGUGACAUCUGGAAGAACUACUGGAGGUGAUAUCUGCCAACAAUUUACCCGGGAAAUAUUUGACAUGUACCAGAAUUAUUCAGGCUAUAAACACUGGAAAUUUGAACUUCUGAAUUAUACACCCGCUGAUUAUGGUGGACUACAUCAUGCAGCUGCCCGAAUUUCUGGUGACAAUGUCUAUAAGCAUUUGAAGUAUGAAGGUGGGAUUCACCGAGUUCAGCGAAUCCCUGAGGUGGGCCUGUCAUCAAGGAUGCAGCGUAUUCACACAGGAACAAUGUCAGUUAUUGUCCUUCCUCAACCACAUGAGGUAGAUGUGAGAGUGGACCCUAAGGAUUUGAGAAUAGAUACAUUUCGAGCCAAAGGAGCUGGAGGCCAGCAUGUUAAUACAACUGAUAGUGCUGUCAGACUUGUCCAUGUCCCCACAGGGCUUGUAGUAGAAUGCCAACAAGAACGAUCACAGAUAAAAAAUAAAGAAAUAGCUUUGCGUGUGUUGAGAGCUAGACUUUACCAACAGAUGAUUGAGAAAGAGAAGUGUCAACAACAAAGUGCUAGAAAACUACAGGUGGGAACAAGAGCCCAGGCAGAGAGAAUUCGGACAUAUAAUUUCACCCAGGACAGAGUCACCGACCACAGGAUAGCAUAUGAAGUUCGUGACAUUAAGAAAUUUUUAUGUGGGGAGAAGUGCCUGGAUCAGCUAAUUCAGAGACUGCUUCAAUCAGCAGAUGAAGAAGCUGUUAUUGAGUUUUUGGAUGAAAAUUUUAAGUCAACAAAAUGCUGAUUUAUUAUUUACUAGAGGCCCGAUGCAUGAAAUUUGUGCAAGAGUAGGCCUUCCUUCCCCUGGCUUCUGGCAC